AUGCCACGCUUCGGCACAUCCCGGUACUCCAUGGCGACGCGGUGGCUCCUCGGUGCGGGGCUGCUGGCUCAGCUCUGCGCCUCGGAGCUGCUGCGCGGCACGAGGUCGGGAGGCCGCCUCAAGGUGGCCUAUGCGAUCUUCGUCACCGACCUGCAGAGCCAGGACUGGCAGGACGCGAUGGCCAUCAUGGCGCACGGGCUGCAGAAGGCGAAGGCCAGGAGCAGGCACGACGCGACGGCGCUGGUCCUGGCCCCCACGAGGCUGCCCGACGAGGCGAGGGACAUGCUCUUGUCCUUCGGCUUCGACGACGUCGUGAGGAGGCCGGUUCCCGUGCCGCUCGCGGAGAUUCAGUCCGAGGUUGCGCGGAGCGAGAUGGGGCACACGCAGGGCACCGGGAAGGGCCUGACCUUUGCGCUCGAGGAGGAGACCAUCAAGUACUGGGGGAUGUCGCUGACCCAGUUCGACCGUGUGGCGGUUCUGGACGCCGACACGAUUGUUCUGGACCCGAUGGACGAGUUGAUGGAGCUCCCGGAUGACUUCGUGGGCACGUACGACCACGGCCUGGAUUGCUGUGGCUCGCGGAUCCCGCCCGUCCAGGGGGGGUUCCUCCUCUUCAGGCCAAACGCCACGGACUUCGAGAACGUCAAGGCCCUCACGCGGGAGGGCGACUGGUCCGGGGCGGGCUGGAAGAACUCGCACGUCGGGUACUGGUACGGCGGCAUAGGCCCUGAUGGCCUCCUCCAGUACUAUUUCAACAAGGACGCGCUGGAGAAGCUCCCGCCGAUCCAGAUCGAGCACAGGGAGCUUGAGGAGGGCAUCGCCAAGCCGUCCCAGCCCGGCUCGAGGAUGAAGGUCGUUGACCGAGACGUUUACGACGUGCUCCUCACAGACCGCCUCACCCGGGACCUCAAGGACCGGGACUUGGCGACCGUCGCCCGCGGCGUGAAGGCUGCACACUUCACCGGCAAUUGCAUGAAGCCCUGGAGCUGCGUCGACGUCGACCCGAGUCGCCCGGGCAUGGGGCUCUGUGAUGCCCUGCACGCGCGGUGGGGGGAGAUGUGGGCGGAGAUCGCGGCCAAGCGCCUCGGCGGCAGCCCCGCCGCAGUAAGCGGGUCAUACUGCAAGGACGGGCGUUACGUCGACCUGCCCGCUGUUCCCAAGCCGUGA